GCACUGAGGAGCCGGCGGCGGAGCUAGGCUGCGCGCGCCGAAGAUGGCUGAGAAGCAGAAGCACGACGGGCGGGUGAAGAUCGGACACUACGUGUUGGGCGACACGCUGGGCGUCGGCACCUUCGGCAAAGUGAAGAUAGCUUUGUGGAUAAGAUGAAGAAAUGUGCUCUAUAUGGCUUAUUGCUGCUGAAUAACUAUUCCCAAGGAAAUUAGGUGUCAUCCUAAAGGGAAAUCUUGGACAUUGACUCUAAUAAUAAGUUGGAGAACAUCAAUUGACAGGCCAUAAAGUGGCAGUUAAAAUCUUAAAUAGACAGAAGAUUCGCAGUUUAGAUGUUGUUGGGAAAAUAAAACGAGAAAUUCAAAAUCUGAAACUCUUUCGUCAUCCUCAUAUUAUCAAACUAUACCAGGUGAUCAGCACUCCAACAGAUUUUUUUAUGGUAAUGGAAUAUGUGUCUGGUGGUGAAUUAUUUGACUACAUCUGUAAACAUGGCCGGGUUGAAGAGGUGGAAGCAAGGCGGCUCUUUCAGCAGAUUCUAUCAGCUGUGGAUUACUGUCAUAGGCAUAUGGUGGUUCAUCGAGACCUGAAACCAGAGAAUGUGCUGUUGGAUGCUCACAUGAAUGCCAAGAUAGCUGAUUUUGGAUUGUCUAAUAUGAUGUCAGAUGGUGAAUUUCUGAGAACUAGUUGUGGAUCUCCAAAUUAUGCAGCACCGGAAGUCAUCUCAGGCAGAUUGUAUGCAGGUCCUGAAGUUGAUAUUUGGAGCUGUGGUGUUAUUUUGUAUGCCCUUCUUUGUGGCACCCUCCCAUUUGAUGAUGAGCAUGUACCUACGUUAUUUAAGAAGAUCCGAGGGGGUGUUUUUUAUAUCCCAGAAUAUCUCAAUCGUUCUGUUGCCACUCUCUUGAUGCAUAUGCUGCAGGUUGACCCUCUGAAACGAGCGACCAUCAAAGAUAUAAGAGAGCAUGAAUGGUUUAAACAAGAUUUGCCCAGUUACUUAUUUCCUGAAGACCCCUCCUAUGAUGCUAACGUCAUUGAUGAUGAGGCUGUGAAAGAAGUGUGUGAAAAAUUUGAGUGUACAGAAUCAGAAGUAAUGAACAGUUUAUAUAGUGGUGACCCUCAAGACCAGCUUGCAGUGGCUUAUCAUCUUAUCAUUGACAAUCGGAGAAUAAUGAACCAAGCCAGUGAGUUCUACCUCGCCUCUAGUCCCCCAACUGGUUCUUUUAUGGAUGAUAGUACCAUGCAUAUUCCCCCAGGCCUGAAACCUCAUCCAGAAAGGAUGCCACCUCUUAUAGCAGACAGCCCUAAAGCGAGAUGUCCAUUGGAUGCACUGAAUACAACUAAGCCCAAAUCUUUAGCUGUGAAAAAAGCCAAGUGGCAUCUUGGAAUCAGAAGUCAAAGCAAACCGUAUGACAUUAUGGCUGAAGUCUACCGAGCUAUGAAGCAGCUGGAUUUUGAAUGGAAGGUAGUGAAUGCAUACCAUCUUCGUGUAAGAAGAAAAAAUCCAGUGACUGGCAAUUAUGUGAAAAUGAGCUUACAACUUUACCUGGUUGACAAUAGAAGCUAUCUUUUGGACUUUAAAAGCAUUGAUGAUGAGGUGGUGGAGCAGAGGUCUGGUUCUUCAACACCUCAGCGUUCCUGUUCUGCUGCUGGCUUACAUAGACCAAGAUCAAGUUUUGAUUCUGUAACUGCGGAGAGCCAUUCACUUUCUGGCUCUCUCACUGGCUCUUUGACCGGAAACACAUUGUCUUCAGUUCCACCCCGCCUAGGCAGUCACACCAUGGAUUUUUUUGAAAUGUGUGCCAGUCUGAUCACUACUUUAGCCCGUUGAUGAUGUUUCUCUAGUUUCUUUCUGUUAUUGCACUGUGAAAAUCAGAUAGAUUCUUGAAAUUGUUAUUUUACUUAUGGAUAUCAUAUACUCUGGAAUACUGAUGGAGAGUCAUGUAUAUUUCCAGGGGACAGUCAAUGCCAUUGAAAUUACUGAAAACAAAACAUCUGACAUUUUAUUUACCUGUAGACAUCUGUAAUUCUAUUUUGCCUAUGAUAAAUUUAUAGAGGCAGUAUCUUUAAUUGGUGAACAUUGAUGAAGAUUAUUGUUACUUUAAAAUUGUGAGUUCACUACAGAUGAUUAAUACACCUUCACUGGUGAAUCAUCUCAUCAAAGGGUGGUUUGGCAACACCUCUUUGCUUAACUAUUUAAUGUAGGUAAAUCCACUUUAUUUCCUAAAGUUCAGCAGGCUUUAAGCUGUGUUUAUGCACCCAGUUCUCUUGCACAAGAUAAAAAAAACAAAAAACAAAAAACAGCCAUUAAUAAGAUGAUAUUUAAAUGUUGAAGCCUUAAAGGCUGGCCCCCAAAAUUUCAGAAGCCAAGUUCUAGUAGUUUUAGCUUUUGCAAAUACUGCCUAGUGUUGAAUAGAAGGGCUGUGGUCCUGAAACAGGUAACUGGUUUCCAGGUUCAUUAAAAACAGCUUAUAACCAGCUAGUGGUUUUAUUUCGAGAUUUCCUUGAAUAACAUUUAUCUUAAGAGUCUUCAGUGUUCUACUCAGUAUUGGAACAUCUGGAAUUGGAACAAUUUUUGUGUUUUUCAUAAACUUAACAUUUUUUAAAAAACUUAACAUCAUUUUAAAAUAUGCCUUCAGAACUACCUUUCUCAAAUUCUUUUUGGCUCUAUUUAUUUUUGUAUUUUACCAAGCAUGAUAAAAUAGUUAAAUGAAACAAAGCAAAAUAUCAACAGUCCCUUAAAAGAGAACUCUUAUCUUUGAUUUAAUGUAUGUGGUGGUGGGGAGUGUGUGCGUAUGUCCCCCUGCAUCCCACAAUGCUAAUUCCUCAUCUGAAGUUCAAGUUUGUCAUCACAGCCACCCCUCUCCCCCACCUUCCCACCACCACUUACUUUGUUGUUUGAUCCUUGGUGGCUGAUUGACUUAGCUUUUAAAUCUUUCUGGUUCCCUUUCUUUGUUCUAUAUCUUGGUUGCUAGCCAUCCAGUUUGAAAACACUGUUUUGGCCCUAAGGGCUUUUGUGUACUUCCAAAGCUUGUUAGGCUGUGACCUUCACUGUUGAGGCUGUUAGGAUAGGGAAGCCUUAAACCUUUAAAAAAAAAAAAAAUCUCUCUUGAAUAAAUGUAUGUGUUGUUUACAUAUAUACAUAUAUGUAUUCACACACCAGUGCUUUUAAAGGAAAAUUAGUUUCUUUGUUUUGCUUCGUGCAGGUUUUUUUUUUAAAGAUUAAAAAGAAACCUGUAUACAGCAGAGUUAGCUCAUUGCUUAUAUUGCUUUAGUGAAAGUAUUUAAUUUUUAAAUUAUGUGUAAUUUAUCUAAUUUGUAUUUAUUUAUGUUUAAUAUGUUAUAAUUAACACUCUCAUUCACCUGACUUACCCUAGAAAAGAUUAAGCUCUUGAAAACAGGUUUCUCUUUGCCAAAAAUAAUGUUUUCUACCAAGAAGCAAAUGAAAAUCUUUGGCCAAGUUUCUCUUAUGUUUAUGGAAGAUAAGCAUAUCUGUCUUUAAGUAGUUUUGAGUCAGGAGUUUGCGGUGUGUCACAUCAUAUUGGUUUAUAGAACUUUUUAAAAAUGGUGUUAAGUAACUUUUAAGUCUGACUUCUUAAUAUCAAAAGGAAUCUUUGCUUGCCAAUUUGGGAAAAAGGGUGGGUUUGCAUUAAACUGUUUUAAGUUUAAACCUUUGAAAGAUUGCCAUCUAGUGGCACCAAAGGGUACUUUUUGUGAUUGUUUUUCUAGGGAUAAGCAGUCCUGCUGUGCAUUAUAGAUAGGGCAUAAUUUUGACCUCUCCAAACGUGUAAAUACCUCUUUUGGGAAAAACAGGGCCACCUCAUAAUAUUUGCUUGACUAUGAUUGACCUUAUAAAUAGGAAUUAAUCUGAUGAUUCCUUAUCCCCAAUGACAAAAUCCCUAACAAUUUUGAAGGUGGAGAAACAACAGCAAGGAAGGAAUACAGUAGCAUUUUAGCUUUGUUAGCCGAAUAAAAAUUACUUUAUAUUGGUGAUUAUCAUGUUUAUUGAGAAUUAAAAAUAUUAUAUACUGUUUUCUCAUUCUUGCCAGUGUUUGUGAAUAUCUACAUUUUGAUGGUUAUCUGUUGAAUUUUAGGAGAACCAGGGUUGCAAUUUUGGUUCUUGGAUGCUUAUGUUUUUAAAGUAUAGCUACUCUGAAUCUAGAAGGCAUAGUAAAUUGCUUUAUAUAGAGAAGAUUUCAGGAGGCUCAGUCCAGCAUAAUAGGGGCUGGAACAUUGUCAAAGGUUUUUGUUACUAAUGGGCAGAAAGAGGGAAAGAAUUAGUUGCUAAAUGCCCACAUUUCAGUCUUGUAAGCUGGUUAAUUGUGGAUGUGGUAUGUGGUUGUUAGAUCUUGGGUGGGAAGAAUUUCUUCAAGUUAAGAUUUUAGAGGAGAGCUUCUAUUAUUAGGUUAUAAAGACUUAGCUAAAUCAUGGAAAUGGACUCCAUAUGGUUCUAUAGUAGCAUUUCCCGCACUGUAUCCCUGAGGUGCUCUGCUGAAAAACGAGUCCAUUGAGCAAGUUUGGAAAAUGUUAUAUGCCAUACUCCUGCUUGAGGAUGAAAAUGGAUAUGAGCAUUAAAGACUUUGAAAAGUGCUUCAGUGAAAAAAAGAAAACUUUAACCCUGCUUUGCCCAAAUUAAUUUAACUACUGUUAAGCUUAAUAUCCCAUGGGAAAAGGCAAAUUUGGAAAAUACUAUUUUAGGAAAAUUAUUGUCCAAGGUUGCUAUAAUUAGUUAUAUAUGUAAUACAUAUAUUACAUAUAUAAUAAUACAUAUGUAAUUAAUUAUAAUUAACAUAGGGAAGAAGAGAAUUAAGAUACCUUUUCUUAUCAGUUGUAGAGAAUAUGGUUCAGAAUCAGAAAAAUUUCAUUUUAACUGUGGACAUACUCAUUUUGAGCAAAUGCUGGACUAAACAGAAUUUCGUAUGUCCGUGAUGUGUUUCAUAGCACCUUGAUUUUCUUAAUCAGGUUGUGGUAUUGUUUGGGAGCAAAAUUUAUUUUGUUGUGUUUAAUGGAUAGCUGAAACACCUUAAACCAGAUUACUUGUAAAAAAAGGCCUAAGAAAUUAGUGACUAAUGCUUAUGGCUCUGCGGCUCUGUGGGCAGUGAGUCUAUGACAUUGAUUCUCACUUUCAAAAUGUAUAGUCAGUGAACAUUUUCUAAGUACAGGACACCAUACUUAGAUCUAAUUCCUGGAAUCUUUAACGUAGGAACAGAUAACAAAUUGAAUAGGGAGGUAGGCAAACUAUUUCAAGUCGGGUUUUUGUUUUGAUCAACAAACUUUUGGCACACUUUUGUAACCUCAAGUGUUUGCACUCCUUAGUAUUAGCCGUCUAUACUAGGAUCCUAAAUUAAUCGGAAGUACCAGUAUUUCUCUGUCAGGGAACUGGCUAUAUGUUUUACAGACAAUUCUCCAUUUUCUGCGAAUAGGGUUCCCAUGACAGUUACAUAAUUGUGGGCUUACUUUUUCUUAUUCUCUAGCCAGUUUGUACUCAGGGAACAUAAAUUGUUUUUUUUAUAUUAGAAGAGACAUAAUUGAGGAAAUAAUCGUAGACAACUGUUACAGGUUUUUUGACUAUUUGAAUUUAUCUGUAGCUUCUAUUAAUGUGCAGUAUACUGAGUUAAUAUAAGCACUGUACCUUCCAUUUAUAAAAUAUAAAAGCUUAGAAUGUGCCUACCACAGACACAGUAUGUUUGUCUAUUCACUGGUUAAUAAUUUAAAUCCUGUUACUGGCUGUGAAAUCCCAAUAUCUAAAUGCUAACCAUGUUCACAGUUUUGUCUGGUUUUGUUUUUAAAGAACUCCACCUUUUCACUCUGGCAUUUCUUUACCUGCUCAUUCUGUCACUCUGUGACUUUUUAAAUAGGGAAGGUAAUUUAUUUUAAUAAUAGUUCUCAGAGGCUGUAUUAGAAAUUCUGGAUGAGGGAUAUGUGCAAUUGGUUAGUAAGUCACACCUAUGUUGGACCUCAGUUAGUAACCUCUAAAGUGGGAGGAAUAGUCUAAAAGGCCUCCGAGGUACCUUUGAAAGCUUUAAAGUUCUGUCUUUGCUUUUUCGUGUGAUUUGUAUCAGUGUUCACUUUUUAUAUAUUUAGAGAUUUUAUACUAGUGUGAAUGUUCUGUAUUUGGUGAGGCAUUUUAAAGGUAUAUACUUGAAAAAAAAAUUUAAAUACAGCUGUCCUCUGGAAUAUAAAUGGCAAAAAUCAUCCAGAAAACCAAACACAUUAAAACAUGUGCACUUGGCAUAAGCAAAAUAUUACUAAUUUGAAGUAUUGGAAGUGUUCCAUACAUUUUUAUAGUGAUUUUUAGAUCCAGAGACCGUAUCUAUUAACUUAGUUAAUACACUUCAGUAACCUUGUGAGGUAUAACCAUUUUCCAGUUGAGGAAGCAGGACCACAAAGCUCUUCAUAAAGCUUUAAUGGCAUACAAGUAUUCAGCGAUGAUCACUGCUUUUUCUAUGCCACCUUCCUCUAGGGGAGAACAGUCUGAAUCACCGAAACAUCUGAGGGUUAGAUAAUAAAGAUAAACACAGAUGUAUUGCUUUCAAGUCUUAGAGUGACAUAAUUUAGUCUUAACUGUAUAUUUCUUAGUUUAAUUAUUUGAACCGGUUGAUUGUACUAAAUAAAAUUAUCUGAAGUAUUUAUGAUUAGCAUACUGAUAUUUAUAAGUACUUCUGAGUUAUUGAGGGUGCUUAUAAAAUACUGAAGAAACUUUUAGGCAUGAUUCUUUAAUUUUAUUUACAUGAUCCUUGUAGCAUAGUCUUUUAUAAAAAGUAAAACUAGCCCCAGCCCCUGUCUUAAAUUAUCAUAGUUUUUGACUGUUAUCUGAAUUGGGCUUAUCUAAAUUUCAUAUGCAGAUUGAUGAUUUUUCAUUUUGUAUGGGUAUUUAGAAGAUAAACACUGUUUUCAUCGAGUAUAUCUCUGUUCACAAACUACUUAUUGUUGGCUUGACAGUCUCCCAAAUCUUAUAGAACUUUGAAAUGUAAUUUGUUUGAUGAGCUUUAAAAAUGGUAUGUUACUUAAACAAGUUGCAGGCAUCCUUACUAGCCUUUCCACAUAUAAUCUUGAUGGAUUUGAUGCAACUGUACAGUAAUAGCAUAAAGAACAGGACUCACAGUCUAGACUGGAUUGAGUUUUAAUUAAACUUUUUCAGCCAUAACCUGAUAAGAAUCAGGUUGGGUCUAGAAGUUACCAGACUGUGGGCCUGUAUUAACUUAGUCAGCCAGUGUUCCUGUUUACUGCCACCCUUGCAGAGCAGUGCCAGUUUGUAAGCCAUGACUGUGAUGGGGCUUUGGGUAACUAUUCUUUAUAUCCAAAGCAGUUUAGAUUUUAUGGAAGUAGCUCAUGAUUAUUUGGACAAGCAAGGUAGGUAAAUUUCAAUUACAUUUAAAGUGCAAUUAAGGAAACCCCAGAGUAGUGUGUUCUUUCUAGGAAAAAAAGCUUAAGUAUUUGUAGGACUAUCCUAGCAUGAAAACUUUUCUGAACAGACACAGAGUUUUGACAAGGUUAACUACUUUGUGUUGAUUUAAAAUUUCAAGGAGGAAUAGGAAUGUUCUAACCAAGGAGAACUACAUAGUUAGUUUUUUGCUGCUUAUAAGCAUUAUUUCUCACAGCUCAAAAUCCCUUUUAAGUUUUGUUACAAAGAAAGGCCGUUCUUCUAGACGAAUAACAUUUUCCUGAAUGGGAAAAACAAAAACAAAAAUCUAUUGCUCUAAACAAAACACCUUAAUUGUGCCUUCUCAAAUUAUAGGAAUAUUAAUAAUUAGUCAAAAAUUUGUCUGAAGUCAUUUUUCUAAUUGCUCUCAUUUUUCCUUAGUUCUGCCCUCCACAAAUGGUUACAUUGUUUGCUUUUGCCUGUUUGCUUUUCAAGCUCCUUUGGCCAUACCUCACCCUAUCACUGUCAGAAGCUGUUCACUGGAUGUAUUUUUCUUUUCCUUUUAUGUUGCUUCACUUUUUAAGUCACUUUGGUGAAAUUUUGGCUGCUUUCUCAUGUUUUUAAAAUGAAUGCAGUGAUUAACAGUCUUUACAUUUCAACCCUUUAAAAUGUUUGUAAAGGCAAGAAAUAAUGCAGAGCAAAGAACAAAAAUCUAAUUUGGAAUUGAUUCUCAGUUUGGUUGGAUUUCCUCAUCUACAAAAUGUGGACGAUAACCUACCUCACAGAUGUGUGUGAGUAACUGUUUGAAGGCCCUCACUUAAAUACAGGGUUUAUCAUCAUAUUUAAGGUAAAUCCCUUCCUUUUUUUUUCUUAAUAGAAAUCUUUGAUACUGAUAGGAUGAAUAUCUUGAUUUUAGGUAAGUCUCAUGUGGUAAGAAUAUAGUGGUAAAAACGUUUUGAGACCACAGUUUCACAAAUAAUGCUUUUCUUAUUUUAAGUGACUUAAAAUUUCUUGAAAAUAUCAAAUAUUCAAAUUUGAACUUGUCUUUUGUGGCAACAAAUAUUCAGAACUUCUUAAAAUGUUGGCUGAAGCUGCCUUAAUGUACCAAAAUACAGCUUUCUCUCAAGACUGUUCACAAAUAUCUGGUUGUACAGUGUUUUGUGUGUUUAAUGUAAAAUUGUUAGAGAACUGUGAACUCUAAGCAGAGUAAUCUAAAUAUUGUUUUAAGAAGAAUGCCUGUGUUCUUUGUCAUGUAUGCUUAAAUAUCAUACAGUGGAUUUUGAGUUCAACAAAUAAAACUGAAAGCUGAUAGCCAUUAGGUUAUGGCCAUGACAAUCAUAAGAAAAUGUAAGAUUGGAUAUUAAUUAGUCAAAAAAUUUUCAAGAAUAUCCUGCGUUCAUUUUUUCUUAGCCUAUUUUUGAAAAAGAAAAUUCCCCAUAUUCACCUGUUGAAGCACUUGAUACAUAUCUAUUAAAAUGUUUUUAAAACUUUUGAAA